GUGGAUUUGAGUAUGUAGAUGUUGUUGAUAGAGUUGGUUGUGCAGACGGGGUUUGGUGUCUCAACAAUGAUUCAAAAUUUCUAGAUUUUAAAUAUCUGCAACUGUAAAAAUAAAAAAAGCCAAGAUGAAGAUUGAUAAAGGCAGACUGAAAAAAAGUUCAUCGGAGGUGCCACCAGACUGCCAAGCACUAAUUGAUAAAUUGCGUACCAGUAAUAGAAAGGAUUUAUUUUACGUUCUGAAAGGAAUUGAAACAUGGAAUUUUGGAAAAUGUGAACUCUAUCACUGGAUUGAUGUCUUGGAUGUCUUGGAUGACAUACUCGAAGAGAGUGCCAAACGUGAAUCAGCACGCAGUUGGAUAUUACGAAUUGAUUUGCCUGAGAUGGAAUGGGAAAGACAGUUGCUACUGAGAGUGUUGAAUUUUACAACAUUAUUGAUAGAACACUCCUUUUCACGGCACCUAUACAACUCAGUGGAACACUUAAUCUCACUCUUAACAUCAUGCAACAUGAGUGUUGUGCUUGCUGUUCUAAAUUUGUUAUAUAUGUUCAGUAAAAGAAGCAAUUUCAUUACACGCUUGAGUGCUGAUAAAAAGAAAUCCUUGUUAGCUAGACUGAAUCGCUUGGCUGAGAGUUGGUGUGCGUAUGAUGAAGGAGUUAGUCUUGCACAAAGCUGUCGAAAUAUGUAUCUUGGGGGACGUUCAACAUUACAUUAUGAAUUUUAUGAGCCACCAAAAGGACAUCAGAAGGGAUCUCUGUUGUCAAAAAGUGCAAUUCACAUUGACAAUAUUGAGUGCUUAGGUCUUUCUGCAGCAGCGUUGAUGGAUAAUAUUAUGAAACGUCACCCAACCCUCACAGAAGAGAAACAACUGUUGCUGUUUUCUCGGCUGAGGUUGUACAUAAAUUUUCCAAGCUAUGAAACUCGUCUGCUGUGUGUACAGGCCAGACUACAAGCUACUUCUGUGCUGGCAUACACGAAUGCAAUAUUGGAGAAUGCCCAUACUUUACUAUAUAAUGGAUUUUUGGAAGAAUUGGUUGAAGUUGUUCAAUUAUCUGAUCCCAAUUUGACAGAUAUAAGAGCUGCAGCACUUCGUACACUUACCUCCAUUACUCACUUGGACAGACAUCCACAUUUCACAAAGAAACCGAGUGCAAGACUGAAUAUGAUAAUUGAAGUGACAACAGCAAAUUCAUUCCAUGGUUUCUUGCCUACCUUUGUUCGAUCCUGUGUUAGCACGUUAUUGUCAGACCCUCAACUAAAUCGCCCAAAAUGUCCAUUUCCUCUUCCACUCGCAACAGCACUUUUCAGUUUCCUUUACCAUUUGGCAAGUUAUGAUGCUGGAGGUGAGGCACUAGUUAGCUCUGGCAUGAUGGAAUGCUUGCUGAGAGUAAUACACUGGCAUGGAAGAGAGUUAGAACAUAUCACAUUUGUUACAAGAGCUGUGCGAGUUAUUGAUCUUAUCACAAACAUUGACAUGCAAAGCUUUCAAGCUCAUGGAGGCCUUUCCAGUUUCAUAAGUAGACUUGAGGUUGAAGUGAAUGCUUGUAGGAGAGAUCAGCCUUUUGUGAUCAAAACAAAUGACAUACUGGCCUGCUAUCAGCCUCAGCAUCUAACAUUCAAUGUUAAUGCACAGUCUGGUCAACCAAGUUGCAGUGCGGACAGUGAACAUGUGAUGGAAGUGGACACAGACAAAACUCGGGGUGAUUUGAAUAAAAGUGAGAUGUCACAAGAAAUUAGGGAAAGCCAUAGGCCAAUUAGCACAAAUGACCCCAAAUCAGUGAAAACCUGUCUUCCACAGCGAGCUGCUUUGUUGAAAUCCAUGUUGAAUUUUCUGAAGAAGGCCAUUCAAGACACAUCAUUUUCAGAUAGUGUGAGGAAUGUAAUGGCUGGAUCCUUGCCAUCGAGUCUGAGACACAUAAUAAGCAAUGCAGAGUAUUAUGGUGCUUCACUCUUUCUUCUUGCAACAGAUGUUGUUACAGUGUAUGUUUUUCAGGAACCAUCAUUUCUUUGUACUCUGCAAGAUGAUGGCCUGACAUAUGUUAUUAUGAAUGCCCUUAUAGUGAAAGAUGUUCCAGCAACUAGAGAAGUUCUAGGGUCACUUCCAAAUAUUUUCAGUGCUUUGUGUCUGAAUGGACGUGGGUUGGAAGCAUUUAUGCAGUACCUGCCUUUUCCAAGACUGUUCAAAAUACUUAUAUCACCAACAUACUUAGGAGCAAUGAAAAGGCGAAAAAGUUCUGAUCCAGCGACAGAUACGCCUUGUAAUUUGGGGAAUGCUAUGGAUGAGCUUAUAAGACAUCAACCAACUCUCAAAGCUCCAGCAAUAACUGCAGUAACAAAGCUUUUGGAUGAAUUGUAUGACAUUCACCAAGAUCCAAGAAAUUCUCUUUGGCGAGGGAAUGUCCGUGCUGAAGUUCCUCAACCUUCUUCUGCAAGGCAGGGUGGGAGUAGCAGCAGUGACGAAGAGGAUGAAGAUGAUGCUUCUACAUUAUCACAUGCUCAACAGGAAGAUGGUGCAGUGGGUGAAAGGAUGAAUGUUCCUCUUGUUGAUUACAUUAUCAACGUGAUGAAAUUUCUAGAUUCAAUUCUAACUAAUAAUUCAACAGAUGAUCACUGCCGUGAGUUCAUAUCUCAGGGUGGUAUUCCUCGCUUAAUGAAAAUACUGGAAAUUUCUUACCUACCUCUUGACCACCCAGUCACAUCUGCUGGACAAGCUGUAGCAACUGUCUGCAAAUCCAUUUUGAAUCUUACACACGAAGGAGAAAUCUUCAGGGUUGGCCUGGAAAAUAUGGAAACUAUUCUUAGUCGUAUGACUGAGCUUCAGUUGGCCACGAUCAAUGCAAAUGGCUCCAUAUUGUUGCAUGAACUGGCAAUACAAGCAAAUGCUGAGGUGGCAUUCAACUCGGUGCAUUCCUUACCUCUCCUCCAUGGAGUGAACAGUAUUCAUGGUUAUGUAGUAAUGUUCCUUAAUCUGAGUCGCUCGAGUCAGAAUGAACUUAGAUCUCUUGCUUUGGCCCACUGGGGUUCUGUGAGAGGUCUCUGUGUCUUGUCACUGCUAAAAAGUCUUUAUAAAGCACUAGUGUGGGAAAGCACUGUACUCCUAGCACUGUGCAGUGAUGAAGUUCCUCUUGACAAAGAAUUUGCCAAAGAAGACUUACAGAAGCUAAUGCCCCAAGACAAGGGUGUUGGUGAGCGUUCAUCUGGAAGUGAUAAAGGAAUGACAACAGCAAUGGAAGCCUUAAGUACAAAUGAUACAGAUGCAAGCCAUGAGAGUGGCACUGAACAGAGGAAUUUCCUCAAAGUUCCACCAAAUAUUGUUGCAAAAUACAUAAAACCAUUGCUGCAUGCAUCUUCAAGGCUUGGAAGAGCCCUGGCGGAGCUGUUUGGGAUGUUAGUCAAGUUAAGUGUUGGAACACCUCUGAAACGACGCCAGCGGUAUACGGUCUUGUCGAGAGUUUUGACACCAGCAGCUAAGGAUAUUUCAGAGAGUUUGGCAAUGCUGCUUGUCGACUGUUUAAGCUGGACAUCAUUACCUAAAGUUUGUGUACCCCAAUUCAAACUAACAUACUUGAUAUGUUCAGUUGGUUUUACUUCACCACUUCUGUUUGAUGAAAAGAAAAAUCCGUACUACUUGAUGUUGUACCAGUUCUUAAGAUAUGGGGGACACACAGCAUACUUUGAGUCAUUCAGGAAAGCUCUUACAGAUAAUGACAAAUUGCCCAUCAAGACUGCAUUUGAAAAUCCUUUGUUACCUGAGGGGACUGGUGAAUUCCUUGAUGCGUGGCUUCUACUUUUGGAAAAGAUGGUGAAUACAAAAUGUAUCCUUGACUCCCCAUACUCCCACAUAUACAAAGGUCCUGCGGAUGAGGGAUUUGAUCCAGCCAAAUUUCUGUUUGAAGUUCAAAAGGAUGCAUACCAGGCUGUCAUGCUGAUGUGGAGGAAAAAACCUUUGAAGACAUAUGGAACUCGCAUGUCUGAAACCAUGUUCGCCAUAUUGAGACACAUUAUCAGAGGGGAAAGAAUUUAUCAAGAAAUGCUGAAUGAAACUAUUGCCUCAAGGAAGAAAGCUUUGUUAGCUAAACCUCCAACUCCCACGACAUCUGAGGCUCCUGCAAAAAAUGUAACUAAUACUGCAUUGGGUGUUAAUCUUGACCAUCUCAAACAACUGAUGGACAUGGGAUUCACAGAAGACCGUUGUGUGGUUGCACUUAAGAAUACAUCCGGUUUGGAGCAAGCUACAGACUAUCUCUUAAACCACCCAUCACCACUGAUUCAAAUGGGGAAGGUAGACGAGUAUGUGGUAAUCAGCAGAGAAGCACUGGAUGAAUUUUCUUUAGAUGUGUUUGGUUCAUGUAUGAUGUACAUUGACUGGAUACCUGAAACAACGUACUAUGCUAUGGACCUCUUGACAGCUGCUGCAAAGAGGAUUGGUCCACAUUUCCGUGAUGUAACCAUCAACACAGUCAUUUCACAGGUAGAUACAUAUGCUGAAAAGUUGUUUCAAGAAUGCUUUGAAGACUACGAUAAACCAUCAAAAGUUUUAUCUGCUUUUGUGGAGUCACCCACAGGCAGUAAACUCGCUGCAAGGAUGCAUUUACUUUCACUUCUUUUGGAGGAGCUGCGGACUCCAUGUGCUCUGUUAAUUGUAAGAAGAGGAAUCAUUUCUUCCCUUGUCAGUUUGCUAGAGCUUGCUGAAGUUGUUAUGAAAAUGUUUCAUGCUACUGUUGCACCAAAGUGGCUGACUCAUCUUUUGAAUCUAAUAAAUGCUGUUGAAAGGAUCAAAGUCAGCUCUGAAAGGAGAGAUAAGAUGCUUCAGGUAACUACAAACACUUGGAGAUGGUUUGAUAUAUCAACAGGAAAAUGGAAUGCUUACUCUGCAGCAAACAACAAGAUAAUUAAUGAUGCUUUCUUCCGAGGUGAUCCAAGAGUUAAAGUGUCUUGUGGAGGACGCAGGCGUUACGUGAUAUCUUUCACAGACAUGGUUCAGACAAAUGAAGAAACUGGGAAUAGCAGACCUGUAACUUUGUCAUUGAAGUGCAGGGAUAAAAAUGACGUGAAAACAUCAACCAAAGAAAAUUCUGGUGAAGAUAUGGAUGUUGAAUGUCUAGAUUUCUCAGAGCGAAGGAAACCAGUGAAUCUUCAACAGUAUGACACAACACGAUCCUGUCAGAUAAUUAGGGCAUGUGUUGGCUUAAUGAAGAUCUCACUCGACAGAGAUACGCUUCACUCAGCAAUGUUCGCCUGCAUACGUCUCACAAGAAAUUAUGAAUUAGCGAAAGCUUUUAUUGAAGCUGGUGGUAUACAGACCUUGCUGUCUCUGACAACUGGUCCAUUCAAUGCUGCUUCCUUGAAUAUGGCUACAAUACUUAUAAGACAUGCCCUAGAAGAAUAUGCUGUUCUCAGGCACACAAUGGAGAAGGUAAUACGUACACAGGCACAACUGAAUGACCCUACUCCAUACAAGGAGAUAUUGUUUUUCAUGCUGCAGACAUCUUCAUGUGUUUGCCGUGCACCAGACAUGUACGCAGAAAUUGCAUCUGAUGUUCUAAGGAUUGACAUAAAUCACCUCUCAAAGCGAAAUGAUGAUGAAGGCCAGCGGUUGCUUGUCAAGUGCCUCCCAUCCAAAAAUACAACUGCUGAAGCAAGGGAUGAUGACUCAGUUAAAGUUGUCAUUGAUCUUUUGAAUGCACUUAUUGAGCCUCACAAUACUCAAGAUGUAGAAGUGAAAUCAGUUGGCAGCAAAGUUCAAGAGAAGAUAAAAAAUAAAGAAAGUUCAAACACAAAAACUUCUCUGAAGACCACAGAAGGCAGUUCAUCCCAGGCAUGGAGACGCCCACUCCUAACUAAGUCAGCAAUUCUUAAAAUUUUAGCAGAUAUUGCGAAGUCUUAUUCGGCAUUUGCAAAAGUUAUAAGUGAUCACGUUUACACUGCUGGACAGACAGAAUUGGUUAAAGAGGAGUGUUCAGCACUGGCUUUCAUGCUAGAUAACUUCCUUAUGAGCAAGGAACCAGCUGACAAAGAGUGUUCAACAAUGGCACGAGUACUUAUUGUUGCACUUGCUUCAUGCAGUCAUGCAUCAGAUGUUCAAGGAACAGUGAUCUCGGAGGUGAAAUCUGCAUUGGUUCGAUGUGUCAAUUGGUACGAGUGCUCAGAAAAGCAUACACGAAUUCAGCAGCUGAGUGCACUUGUGUCUUCAAUUAUAUAUAAUUCUCCAGGCCCUGUUGAAGUUCCAAGGCUUCAUUAUAGCAGUAUGAACCAUAUUGUCAAAAUAAUGAUACGGAAAGGAUUGGUGACCGACCUGGCUAAAAUUACUCACUCACUAGACCUGUGCAGCACCUCUCUGCCAAACACGAUGAAUUCUGUGUUAAGAACUCUUGAGGUGGUGACAAGAAUUAUUAACAUGCCUGUUUCAACAGGUUCUAGUAAGAGUGGAAGAAAUACACGGAGUAUAGCAAUUACAGAUGAGCAAGCAACUAACAACAGAGAUGGUACCACAGGAAGUGCCCAAGUCGAAGAACUGGAAGAAAUUGCCAGUGAUGCUGCAAAUACAGUUGCUCAAGACUCAUCUGAGAGGACAAGCACUGAAAAUCAACAGAACAGGGAAGAGCAAGACAGUGAGAAUGCUUCUACAGAUACAAAUGCCAGGAGAGACGGUGCUGUUGAUGAUGCAAUGGUCCUGAAUUCUGAUUAUGGAGCAGAAGUUGAAGUUGAAGUAGAACCAAAUUCUAGAGGAGGAGAUGCUGCUAGUGCACUUCCUUCAACAGCAGAAACUCAACCUCAGUUUAGAGAAAAUUCUGCCCAGUCUAUACAGUUUGAAAAUAGAGGUACAGCUGAACUUGACAGUGAUGAUUCAGAUGAUUCCGAACCUUCAGAUACUGACGUCAACCACAUGGAUGAUGAUGAAGAAGGUGAUGAAAAUGAAGAAGAAGGUGGUUCAGGUUAUGAAGAAGAUAAUCUAGAAUUCUUUGAAUCAGAUGAGGAUUUGUUCCGCAUUCCUGGUCUUGAACGGGAAGGUGAUGACCUCCUCAUGAUUCAAUAUGCUGACGCUGAGGCAGGUGGGUCAAGGACGGGCCCACGUACCUCCUGGAAUUCAAAUACUGUACCACUAGCAACUGGAAGCAAUGAGGAUGCACCAAAUGGAAAUGAGAAUGCAGGUGAUAUUCCUGCAAGUCAUCCUUUAGUUAUGGCACGCCGUAAUUUAGCUGCAAGUACUUUAUCAACAUCUCGAACACACAGAGCUAUGAGGCAGCGGCACUAUCAGUACUUGCAAAUGAACUCAAGAAGUCAGAACAAUGCAGUCAUCUUGCAGAGGUUGCUAGGUCCAUCAGCUGCAACUGCUAUAGAACUGGGGAUCCCAAUUAAUCCUGUAGCCAUUACUGAACUACAAGACAAUAAUAUUAGGGUCAUAACAUCGGAAAGAAGUCUAGGUGUUAUUUCAAAUCCACAGUCAGAAGAGGAUCAAGCUGAUACAACUGAUCAGCCGGGCUUUGUUUUUGGACCGAGUCUUACAGCUACAGUCAGUACCAUACCAACAGCGAUGUUCUGGUGGUAUGAAGAAUGCAAGCUGCUUGAUUCUGAUUCACAGUUCAGCGCUGUUAUUGGGACUUGCCAUGAUGUGAUAACAGAACUCAGUAAGUACAAAGCGGAGGAUCUUGCUCAACGCAAGGAGAUGAUGAAGAAAAAACAAGAGGAAGCAACAACAAGAAAGAAAAACAUGAAGAGAACUAAUGCUUCAGGUGAAACGGGAGCUACUGCAGGAACCAGACCAAAUAUAAGAACAAUAGCGCGUCGUCCAUUAUUUACACAAAAUUCAGCGGCAGAAAAUCUGGCUGAUUCCAUUGUAGAGUCAGCUCUGCAGCCAUCAUUGUCAGUAGAUGGAAGCCAGUCUAAUUUUUCAGAACAGAUAGAUGGAGUGCAGAAUUCCACAACAGAAAGUAACUCAUCAUCUACCAUACAAGCAUUGGGAGCAGAGUUAAUAGCACCAUUGCAUUCUGUUAUUAUACAAAAUUCGAAUCUUGGAGUAUCUGGUGCAUACCAACAUCAAUCAUCAGAUCAGAGUUUUCCUCAACAUGAUCAACUGUUUCGAAAUUCAGGCAGUGUAGGAGAAAGUUCCUCACAAUCAGCGACAGUGUCAGAAGAUAGUGCACAGCCAAGUUCCCAGGCUUCUACCUCCACACCUACAAGAGAACAGAAUUCUUCUGCCUCUGAUCAAUGCAGUAGUGUCACUUUAACUAAUACUGCAAGAAAUGAAGCAAGGGGCACUCAUGAAGUUAUGGAGAUAGAUGGACAACAGCAAAAUAGAGCUGCCCAACAACAUACUACAGGUCAACCUGAUACAAGUGUGCCUGCACUCACACUAAACACUAAUUCUGAUUCAUCUGCCUCCAAUACACUUUCUUUGUCUCGUGAAGAAGUGACAGUCCCUGGGCUUAGUGUAACACAUACUACAUUAAGCUCUCGGUUUAGACGCUCACCUUCUGGGAACUUAGAUUCUAACAACUUCUUAGCACCUAAUGCGGACUCUGAUUACGAGAGUAAUGUAGCAGAUGACAGAGAUACCCAGUCGUCUAGGGGCAUGUUACCACUGCGAAGACGAGCACAAAGUGGAAGGCGGGUUUAUCUGCGAAGUGAUAUUGAGUCACAGUCCUCUUCAGAUGAAUCUCAAAGGAAUCGACCCUGGUACCCUCAAGACGGACUGACCACAGUGCACAGUCCAGAAACCAGUGUGACAGCUACAACUACUGCAUCAUCAUCAGCGGGUAGCAAUGCAACAUCAGCAUCAUCAGCACCAACAAGUACUACCAGUACAACAUUAAGUACAGCAUCAUCAUCAUCAUCAGUGCAAUCAACUAAUUUAUUUAGAUUAUCUGGUGCACAUGGAUCAGAUUCACCACAAGCAAAUGUGUCAUCAGCAGCAUCGACAUCCUCAACAACAGCUGUUGUUCAUACAGCCCCAUCUGUCAGCCACCCGGUUGCUGGAACUUCAAGAGCUCCACAGCCUGUAUCGGCUGCAUCUGCUAGUACCAGUAAUGCUGCUAGUUCUGGUUCUGGAACUCAGUCAACAGGAGGAAAUCCAUCUGAUCUCCUUGAAGGUGUUGAUCCUUCUUUUCUUGCUGCUCUUCCUGACGACAUGCGAGAGGAAGUGAUUGCUGAGCAGUUGAGGUUACAAAGAAUACGGCAGAGGACACUGCAACAGACAAGGGACCUCAUUGCAUCAAAUGUGUCUGAGGUAAAUCCAGAAUUCCUGGCAGCAUUGCCUCCAUCCAUACAAGAAGAAGUCCUUGCACAGCAUCACUUGGAACAGCAAAGACAAGCAGCAAUUGCAAGUAAUCCUAAUGAUCCCGUGAAUGCUGCAGAGUUCUUCCAGAAUCUUCCAUCAUCACUAAGGCAAACAAUUUUGACUGAUAUGGAGGAGUCUCAAAUGUCUGUGUUGCCACCAGAUCUAGCACAGGAAGCACAGACAUUACGAAGGGAAUGGGAAGCGAGGAACAGGCAAUUGAUGCAAGACAGAUUUUUUAGCCAUGUUAGUCACAAUACCAGUGCAUUGUCUUCAAUGUUAAGGAAUCCAGGCAGGGUAAGCAGUUCAAGGUAUUCCCUUCAGUCAUCUGCUGCACAACAAAGAGCACAGUGGAAUGCAUGGAACACGGCAAGUACAGAUUCCAGUGGCUCACAGGGAUCAAAUUAUUCAAGGACUGGAGGACGUGCGUUGCUGGAUAGUGAAUCAGUAUCGUGUCUCUUAGUACUUCUGUUCAUUGAUGAUUCGGCUUUGAACAUGGGUCGUCUUCACAGAGUUUUGCGGAAUUUAUGUUACCAUCCACCUACAAGAGACUGGAUACUGAAAGCUUUACUGUCUAUUUUGGAGAAAUGCAGUUUUGCUCAUAAAAAUUCGCUUCCUGAGCCAAAGCGAAUGACAACAAGGUCACAAUCUCAGUCACCAGCUCCAAAUAUUGUAACUGUUCAUGGAGCGUGGCUAAACACUACAUUCAAUUAUGCCCUGGGCAGAGUAACUGAAGUAUUUUCUCUUAUUAAAUAUCCAACAAAACGUGGACUUACUUACAUCACACUGCAGACUCGGGCAUGUCCUGUGGUUUUCAGGCAUACUGUUGAAGUGCUAAUAUCAAUGGCAAAAGGAUUACCUGUUCACUUCCUGUUGUGUCUCAAGAACAGAGAUAUUGACAAGAUCAAAGGAGUGAGCAAGGACGCUAAAGACAGCAAGGACGCUAAGGACAGCAAGGACGCUAAGGACAGCAAGGACGCUAAGGACAGCAAGGACGCUAAGGACAGCAAGGACGCGAAGGACAGCAAGGACGCUAAGGACAGCAAGGACGCGAAGGACAGCAAGGACGCUAAGGACAGUAAGAACAAAGAGUCAAUGGAAUCAAAGUCAAAAGCGCCAUCUGGUUCUGGCCAAGCUACUGGACGUACUGCCAGACAAGAAGCCGCAGAUUUUUGGGAUGUCUUAUUGAAGUUAGAAUCGCAAUGCACUAGAAAAGGGAAAAGUGUUGCACGUCCAUACUUAGUUCAUGUUUCAGAUGAAGAAGAAAUGACACCUUCAAUAUUUGAAGGCUCAGCAUUUGGAAGAUUAUUUGCUCUGUUGAGUUCUACCACUAUAACUCAAAACAAACCACUUGUUGAUAAGCUGCUGAAGCUUCUUUCACAUGUAUCAGCUGGACUGCCAGAAAUAGUCCAUACAGAUAUGAAAGACAGUGGCGAACAAAAUCCAAAAGAAGAACUUCUGCCAAUUUCAAAACCUCACAUGAAGCUGGCAGUUGAUGUGUUGACGUCUCGUUGCUGUUCAGAAGAAGGAUUGGAGGACAUAACAACACUUUUCCUCAACUUGGCAAAUUGUUUCUAUCCAGCAAAACGUGUUACUUUAGAUCUUUUGGUUGAAGGCGCCAUGGAGCUAGGAAAGAUGCUGAAACAGCAUAUUGGGCAAGUACUGAAGGAUCUGAAGGCUUCAAAUAAGAGACUGAAAAGACAACAUGAAGAUGAUACUUCACCUACAGAUAAACUUCCAAAAGGAACUUUAAUGGACAGGUUUACCAAACACAGUGUGGUAAUAAAUGCUCCUGUCAAAGGGAAAGCUCGCUACGACUGGUCUGUAACAAAUGUGAAUUUGCUGACAUCAAAAACUUCAAGUCAGGCAUUCUUCUUAAGAACACUGAAAGUCAUAGUUCAGAUAAGAGAUUCCAUCAAAGAGGCACAUAAAAGACUGAAGGAUAAUGUGGCAAAUCCGGAAGCAAAUGAAGUGCCGCACUUGGCAACUUUGCUCCCUCUCGAUGACUUGUGGGACGUAUUGAGUUCUUGCUUAAGUGAAUUGUCCAAUACCCCAGAUUCUCAUGCAGUUCUUGUUUUGCAGCCUGCAGUAGAAGCAUUUUUUCUUGUGCACACUCCUCCUCCCCAAAGUGAAGAGAAGAAAACUGCACCAAAAGGGCAGGAAGUGACUCAAGCUGAACAGGCUGGUGCUUCCACAUCUGGUGUGGCACAACAAAGUGUUGCCCCGGUCUCACCACUACCUCCAGAUUCUGAAGCAAGUGCAAACCCACAGUCCUCUCCGAGCAGUUCCAGAGUAGACUGGGAGAGUUUGUUUGCGGUAUCAGUUCCACGACCUCCAACAAAACCAAAAUUCUUAGUCUUUGCUGAAACCCACAGAGUUGUCCUCAAUGAAAUACUGCGGCAGUCGACAAUAAAUAUAGCUGAUGGACCAUUUGCUGUGCUUGUAGACCAUACAAGGAUUUUGGAUUUUGAUGUAAAGAGGCGCUACUUCCGGUCAGAGCUAGAGCGAAUGGAUGAGGGUAUCCGCAGAGAAGAAUUAGCUGUACAUGUCAGGAGAAGCCAUGUGUUCGAAGAUUCAUUUAGAGAACUGCAUCGUCGCAGUGCAGAUGAAUGGAAAAAUAGAUUCUAUAUUGUGUUUGAAGGUGAAGAAGGCCAGGAUGCAGGUGGUUUGUUGAGGGAGUGGUAUGUUAUUAUAUCACGGGAGAUAUUUAAUCCAAUGUAUGCCUUAUUUACAACUUCACCUGGAGAUAGAGUAACCUACAUGAUAAACUCAUCUUCUCAUUGCAAUCCCAACCAUCUCUGCUACUUCAAGUUUGUUGGGCGUGUUAUUGCAAAGGCCAUUUAUGAUAACAAACUUCUUGAAUGUUAUUUCACAAGAUCUUUCUACAAACAUAUCCUUGGAAUUCCUGUUAAAUACACGGAUAUGGAAAGUGAGGACUAUACCUUUUAUCAAGGUUUGGUUUAUUUAAUGGAAAACCACAUCAGUUCAUUAGGUUAUGAUCUCACCUUCAGUGCUGAGGUACAAGAGUUUGGUGUUACGGAUGUGAGGGAUCUGAUUCCGCAUGGUCGUUAUAUUCAAGUCUGUGAAGAAAAUAAAAUGGACUACAUCCGUCUUGUCUGCCAGAUGAAAAUGACUGGUGCUAUUAGAAAACAGAUAUAUGCUUUCUUAGAAGGAUUCUAUGACAUAAUUCCAAAACGUCUGAUAUCAAUAUUCAAUGAACAAGAGUUGGAACUGUUAAUCUCAGGAAUGCCCAACGUUGACAUUGAAGACCUUAAAGCUAAUACGGAAUAUCACAAAUAUAGUCCGACAUCACUACAGAUUCAGUGGUUUUGGAGAGCACUGCGUGAUUUUGAUCAAGCAAACAGAGCAAAAUUCCUCCAGUUUGUCACAGGCACAUCAAAGGUACCACUUCAAGGUUUUGCAGCACUUGAAGGAAUGAAUGGAGUGCAGAAAUUUCAAAUUCACAGGGAUGACCGAUCUACAGACAGAUUGCCCUCAGCACAUACUUGCUUCAACCAACUAGAUUUGCCAGUUUAUGAGACUUACGACAAGCUGCGUACAUACCUUCUGAAGGCCAUCCAUGAAUGUUCAGAAGGAUUUGGAUUUGCUUAAAGGAAAAUGUAAAUCUGUGCUUGUACUGAUGAAACAUUUUGAUCACUUGAACUUGUUUGUGCAUGUACAACAACUUGUGAUUUUGUUGAUAAUGUUUAAUUUCUUACCUGUAUAUUAAAUGUUGUAAAAAUAAUUAUAAAAGCAGUCCUCCCAUAAAAUUCCAAGGUAUCAGAACUGCAGUUUCUUUUUGAAAAAGACUUGGAUUCAUGAAAGGAUAGGAGGUCUUGUUGACAUAUAAGACAUAAAAUAAAAGUCCAAUGUCCUUAUUUUUAUCAGAAUAUUUGAAACUGAACACUCAGUCUUAAUGACAAAACAUUCAUUUUCAAAUUUCAAAGGAAAACAGUGUUGUGUAUAUAUGUAUGUGAUAUUUGUGUGAAUAGCAUUUCAAGCAGCUAGAGUAAAAGAAUUGUGUGCUAAAUGUUUUACAGAUUAGUCUAUAUUGAUGUUUUGAAAUAAGCCAAACAACUUGCUGUUUUGAAUGAUUUUAUGAAAAUUGAUGAUUUUUUUGUUUUUGUUAUUUGAAAAAAAAAAACCUGUGGUUAUAUUUAACAUUUAGAUGUUAUGGACUUUCCAUAACAUUGACUAUUUGAUGAUAGUUGUUUCACUGGAAUUUGAGAGACUGAUAUAGCAUUCUCAUUGUUGCAUCCAGUAUUUAUAUUCUCCCUACCCCCCCCCCCCCUCUCUCUCUCUCUCUCUCUCUCUCUCUCUCUCUCUCUCUCUCUCUCUCUGUCCCUCACCCCCCCUCUCAGGUUGUGUGUGUGUGUGUGUGUGUGUGUGUGUGUGUGUGUGUGUGUGUGUCCGUCCGUCCUUCAGUUCCUCCUUAUGUUCACGUGGUUGCACUGCUGUAGCAAUAUUCCUGUAAAUUUGUUAAUUACAUUUUUUUAUUUGAGCUCAGUACUGUUUUGUCUUUUUCCCUUUGCUAAAUGUAGUGCUGUGUGGCUGUGUCUGUCACUGCAAAGUACACUUGUAUGGACUGUAUGCAAGGAAAAAAUGUUAUGAAGAAACAGAGAUUUCUAAAGUGAAACAUUAUAAUUGGAUUCUGUGUUAAAUUAUGAGGAAUAACUGUCUGGAAGUGUUGUUGGAAUUAUCUUCAUUAAAUUGAGACUAUCUUAAUGGUGGUCUAAAAAUACUUCUUUCAUGUAACUGUAAGUUUCGGUGAUUAUCUGGAAUUAUAGUGUUUGUCACUGAUGCAGGUGAUCACAUUAGUUUCUUCAGUUUUGCACUUAAUGUAUUGAUGUUGUAUCUUAAUGUUCAAAUAGAGUGGCAUUGUUUUGUUGAAGAAAUAAUAUGAAAUACCCUAUCCUUCUAUUAUUUCCAGAUAAUCACAUGUCUUGUUUCUAAUAAGAUAACAGAUCUGUAUUGAUGUUAGCUAAAAUGUGUCAAUGUGUCGAUGUGUCAAUGUUUCAUUGUAUCAAGUGAAAGCCUCCACUCAGAACUAUAAGAUAUUAGGAAUGCUAAGUUUUAUGCAAAUUUUUUUGUUGCGCUGUGUAUGGUUUUCUUUAAAUUUCCAAGAAAUAGUUAUUUUCACACUGACAAAUUAGUGAACCACCUCACUGCAAAAAGAGAUAACAAGGAUAAAUUUGUGUAUAUUGAAUGAUAUCCACAGAGUUGCAAGGUUUAUUCAGUGUAAAUACACAAAAUAAAAUACAUGUUAAGCAGUAAAUGUGUGUUACAAAAAAUAACUUUAACAGGUUUGAGGAAGUCUUUCACAGUGUAUUGUUGCAUUUCUUUUUCUAAAGUUCAUAAUACAGUGCGAAGUUCCUGUUGCUAUGAGUACUGUUAUGAAAAAAUUGAGACUGGAAUCUGUUCUUAGUUCCAUGCAGUAAUACACAGUUGCAGAUGUGAAGAAGGAAAAAAAAGGGAAAAAGUGACACUUGUACACUCUGUGCAGUUUUCUGAAAUUGUACUUGACAUGAAGUGUUUCAAAUUUCAUUUAAUUUUUUUUCCUUCUUUUUUUUAAGAAAGUAAUAAUGUAGCCACAAUUCCUUUCACUAAGUUGCAAAUAUUGUAUGAUUUUUAAAUGGAAAAAUUUUCAAGCAUUUUUAAUAAAACAUAUUUAAAUUCA